GAAAGGUGAUGGAUGCCCUUUGAGACUUGUGCAGGGGGCGUGUUCGAUGGCCCAGAAACGCGUGACUUUUCGUGACGUCAGAGACGAGCCUCUUCCGAAAUUAGGACACCCUGGGAGCGGUUGUGAAUUCCAAAUUUUUCAGCGAAAAAAAGAAAAUGCCGGCUAUCCAGUUCUUCCUCCCUCGCAGUUGCCCGAAAGCCGAAAAACAAAACAAAUUAGGAUGCCAAAUCAUGUUACAACGGCCCUGUUCGUCUGUAGUGGAUGAUGGAGUUUGCAAUCGAACUUGUCACCCAGCCCCUGCUUUAUCACAUUUCGACGGCGUUUGCUGCACUGGUUCUACCUUUACUAGUCGGAGUGAGAGGAGCAAUUAAUCACCCAGGUUGCGAAUAUGUCUAUUAUGGAAGCACAUUUGGACAGCCGUUCGGUCAGUUCAGUAGUCUGGAUUUCCCGAAACCGUACGGCGAGGGUAUUGAGUGUGUCCUCUACAAGUUCACGGCGCCAGGCGCAUCCGCACACGGCCCCGCCAUUUCGUGGAUCGUCGAAUUGACCAUCACGAAUCUCAACUUGCCUCCAACAUCCACUUGCGGAGAUGGGGAUCAUUUGGCGUUGUAUCUACACCUGGAUCAAAGUGAAAUUAACGAACAAACGCCAUCGAAUGGCCGCCUGUGCUCCUUGCCGGCCAAACGGUCGGGCCGCCACGCUAGUCAGGCGGUUCGCUAUUACAGUGCCAAACCCAGUUUAGUGGUUGCGUUUCUCACGAACAAAUAUGCGCUAACCGCCAACCACCCGCCGUCCAAUCUUCUCGUGUCGACGCCAUCCAAUUCAACUUACGAGCCCUACGGAUUCAACGGCACUUAUCGAUUCAUACGCAAAAAUAAAUUCAGAUCAGAUGGGCAGAGGAUUGGUGGUACCGUUUGUGAUUAUGUAUUCAUGAGUGGUGGCGUUGUGAACCGUCAAGAUCAACAGCCAUCUAGCAACAAAUUUUAUUCGCCAUUAUAUCCGUCGUUGUAUCCAGCCCGUUCCAGGUGUCUCUAUCAUUUCUAUGGAAGGUAUCAAGAACGAGUCGGGAUUCGCUUUGAGAAACUGAUCCUCGGAGAGGAAGAUGUCAGUUGCUUGUGGAGCGAAGAUGGCGUGAAAGUCUACGACGGUGGCGACGUCCAGUCGCCCGUCAUUGCUCACCUGUGCGGCGUCAUUCAUCACGCUGAAUUGUGGUCCUCUUCGUCGUCCCUUCUCGUCGAGUUCUAUUCUUCCAGUUCAUUGGAGCACACGUUCGAAGGCUUUGAGGGCCGCUACAGCUUCCUUCCGGCCGCCAGAGGCGCUGAUGAAUACGACGACAUUGUCGAAGAAAAGGAAGACAAUGAAGACGAUUUCACAAUCAAACCGACAGUUGUCACUUCGUCCACGACCUGGUCGACCCCGACGACAUCGACCGCAAAAACCACUACCACCACCAGACGGCGCACAUUGAUGACAACGCCCCCAACGGCCAGGACGAUCCCUUUCAGUCGUGCGAUGUACGUGACGACACCAUCGAUCCGCCAGGUCCAGGUGGUGCCCACCAAACCGACGCCGACGUGGACAUCGACAUUUCGAACGACGCCAGCAACAUCGACGACCCGAUGGACGGUCAGGCAGACGCCGUUGGCGCCGAAGAUGUCGAAAUUUCUGUUAAAAGCCGCCGUGACGACGACAGCGACGCCAGAGAUCAGCGACGCGCAGUCUAAUCUCAGCCUGGACACCAACACAAGCUCGCCGUGUGAUCUUCUCUUCCACAGCGACGUUGAGAAGAACGGCACGUUCACGUCGCCCGGUUAUCCUGCCGCUUACGGCCCGUUUAUGAACUGCAAUUACGAGUUCCGGGGUCACGGCCGCGAACGCGUCCAAAUCAGCUUCAUCGAUUUUGCUCUCCAUCAUCCGAACGACGAUCUCAGCGAGAAACCUUAUCAUCCGUGGCUGAAUCAAAGUUGCGAUGGUGCGGAUCGCAUGACAGCCUUCACUUCAGUCGGUGGCAACAAAGAAAAGAUUGAUGAUUUCUGCGGAUUUGGGAUUCCGCGUGAACUCAUGUCCAAUUCGCCCGCCAUGACGAUGCACUUCAACAGCACCACCGACUCUAGAGGAUCUCGUGGAUUCAAAGCGCGCUACUCAUUUGUCUCCAAUUUCGGGAUCACGACUGGAGAACAAAUUUCUAGCAGCCCGUGUGCCUUCCGAUACAACAGCACCAAGUCGACCAACGGCACUUUUUGGAGCCCCAAUUUCCCUGGGUUCUAUCCACGCGACACGGAGUGCCACUACUUCUUUCACGCCCAGGUCGGAGAACGUGUGAAAAUUGUGUUUCCAUACUUUGACGUUGUAGGCGAGAUCCCGUGUGGACUGACGUCAGCCAGCGAUUUUGUCGAGGUGUCCAAUUUCAUGACGGUGGAUCGCAAAUUGCCCCGCUAUUGCGGCUUGCAAAAAGAUCUUAAAAUGGAAUCGGACGGAGCCUUUUUCCUUGUGACGUUCAAAUCUUACGACCGAUUCGACGGGACAGGAUUCUUUGCUAGCUAUCAAUUCAUUCCGGUAGCUGAUGCUGUUACCAUUACUCCCCGGCGAAGCUCAGCUCCAGCUUCCAAUACUCCAUAUCCAGUUGGAUGUAUCCUGCUGUUCUGUCUGGUCGCAUACCUGGUCUCAUAGUGCCAAAAGUGCCAAACCAAACCUGCUACUAGCAGAUAUUGUUUUCAUCUGAUUUUAAACUUAUUCUUAUCUAUUGUGUACUACCGUUUAAACAGUUGUAUCUUGGCCAUCAAUGAUGCCGAUUGGCGGUGAAAUAGGACUGAAACGAAAUAGAACUGGAGAAAUAGGACUGGGAGAAAUAGGACUUACUUUUAAAAACUUUUAGGACAGUCCUAUUUCUCCAUGGCAUCAGUCCUAUUUCUCCUCGGCAUCAGUCCUAUUUCUCCUUAGAAAUAGUCCUAUUUCAUUUACCUUGUUCCAAGGGUACAGUAUCCUGCAUAAAAAGAAGAACACCCGAUUUUUUUUUAAAAGCCAUCUAUGGGUAAAAAAUAUGAAUUGUUUACCUUU